UUCCCCAUUCCCAUGGCUGCUGGGGCUGACAGCGGAUCCCUCCCUGCGCUGGAGCCGUGCCAGAAGUUUCUCCUCUCGCUGCCUGUGAGCUGCUCGCUCCCGCUCUGGCUCUUCCCAUUUUUCCCCCCCCUCUCUUGGAGGUUUUCCUGGCGCCUUUAGAGCGAGCUCAACUCCGAGGCUCGCAGCCUCCCUGCUGCCGCCGUUCCUGCCUGCUCUUCCUGGGAAACUUCACCAUGCGGCUGGAAGAACUCAGGAGGCUGCAGCACACCCUGGAACAGGUCAAUGAUGGCAAAGACUCACUCCAAAGCCGUCAGCUCGCCAUGGAUGAAGAAAAUAACAUCCAGGAAUAUCCUAUCAACCUCCAGCCCUUGGAAUCCAAAGUGAAAAUCAUCCAGCGAGCAUGGCGUGAGCACCUGCAGCGCCAGGACCUGUCCCCAUCCCUGGAGCUACGGGACAAGGGCAGCCUGUCCCCGAUGUCCCCAACGUCCCCGGCAUCCCCAAGGUCCCCAGCGUCGCCGGCCUCGGGCAAGAUGAGCAGGUCUGUCAGCAUGAACACCUUCUCCGACAGCAGCACCCCCGAUUCCCGGGAGGAUGGCAUGGAUUUAGGCAGCGACGCCGGCAGCAGCCGCUCCGGCUCGGAAUCCAACUCCAGCAAAGCCACGCCGUGCUCGGAGGGCAAGUCCUCGCCGUCCGCCGGCAGCCUGGACCUGGCGGCGCUGGAGGACUCGGAGGAGGAGGAGGAAGAGGAGGAGGACGGGGGGUCCCCGCCGUCCCCGCCGCGCUGCCCGGCCGCCCAUGGGCGCCGCUGCGGCCCCGCGGCCGCCGCUGCCCGGCGCUGCCCCCGCCCGCGGCCCCCGCCCCGCUCGGACCCCGCGCAGCGGCGGCGCGGAGCGGCCGCGGGGCCCGGCGGGCGGCGGAGCGCAGGGGCGCGGCCCCCCCGGGACCCGCAGCCCCCGGCCAUGGACUGGGCAGCCCUGGAGAGGCACCUGGCCGGGCUGCAGUGCCGGGAGCAGGAGCGCAAGGCGCGGGCCAGCCCCGCCUCGGUGAGUGGCGAGCGCUUUGGGGCGCGGAUGGGGCGUGGAGCGGGGGAUCGCUUUGGGAUCCCGCCUGGAGGGAUGCUGCCGGGGCUGGCGGAUCCAGCGGGAGGAUGUGGAGCUGCUGGAGAGAGGCCGGAGGAGGCCACGGAGAUGCUCCAAGGGCUGGAGCCCCUCUGCUCUGGAGCCAGGCUGGGAGAGCUGGGGGGGCUCACCUGGGGAGGAGAAGCUCCAGGGAGAGCUCAGAGCCCUGGCAGGGUCUAAAGGGGCUCCAGGAGAGCUGAGAGGGACUGGGGACAAGGAUGGAGGGACAGGACACAGGGAAUGGCUUUAAGCUGCAGGAUGGUGGAUUUAGAUUGGAUUUUGGGAAGGAAUUGUUCCCUUGGGAGGGUGGGCAGGCCCUAGCACCUCUAGCUGCCCCUGGAUCCCUGGCAGUGCCCAAGGCCAGGCUGGAUGGGGCUUGGAGUAACCUGGGACGGUGGAAAGUGUCCCUGCCAUGGCAGGGAAUGAGAUGAGCUCUAAGGUCCCUUCCAGCCCAAACCAUUCCACGGUUCUCCAACUUUCCCGGCGCAUCCUUGGGCCCUGGUGGGGCCGGUUCCCUGCAGCUCCAGGCAUGUGGCAGGGGCCGGUGUCCCCGGCAGGAGCCUGGUGCCACCACCAGGCUGUCUCAGAGCUGGGUCCCCUUGGAGAGGCCAAGGAAUAUCAGCUUUUCCCGGGCUGGGAGCGGUGCCAGGCUGGCGCGGGGUGCUCUCCUUUCCUGAGGAAAGAACCUUCCCAAGGCCCUGCUGUCAGCCGCAAGGAUCCCCCGGUGCUGUUUCACGGAAACCCCUGUGAGUCGGGGCCUGAUCCCAUUUUUCAGGGUGAUUUGGGAAUUGCACGGAACUUCUGAGCUGCAGUGAUGUGAGAGGAAGGAGCACUGCAGACACCGGUGACACGGCAGGGCUGAGGCUCUUCCACGAUGGAUGAAUUCCAAAGGAACCCACGGAGCCUCUCUGGAAGCUCUGCAGGAGCCUUUGGGUGCCUGAGGAACCGUGUGCCUCACCAGCCGUGCCCCGUGGCCUUGCCUCUGGCACACAUGAUUUUUUUUUUCCGUGAUUUUUUUGUUGUUUAAAAGGCAUUCCAUGCCCCAACUUCCUGUGAAGUCACCUCGCUGCUCGGGGAGGUGGGGAUUUCCCCCUGAAUCCUUGAAUUACAACUAAUUGGUGACAAAUCUGGGUGGGUGCUGGGCAGGAUGAGUAAGCUGAGGGAUGAGUGGGACUGCUGCCAUGCAGGGAUGCUUUUUUCCAAAGCCUGAACACCGGAGCCUCAGUGCCUGGAGGAACUGACAGGUAACAGCUUUAAUUACAGUCAUUUGUGCAGCAACUCAGCCUGGAGAAAAGGAAAAAAAAAAAAAAAAAAAACACCAAAAAGAAAAAAAGCCCACCUCAUUUUUGUGGUUUGGGAGCUGAUUUCUCCAGCAUUAUCUGGUCAGCUCUGCUGGCACUGCUGGAAACUCUUUGCCUCCGGGCAUGAGUUUACCCAGGUGAGCUGUCACCGAAGGAAUUCUACCCCUGUCAGGGUUUUCCUCCUCCAUCCUCCCGUUCCCUCCUGCAGGCACAGAGGCCCUGGAAGGAAUUCAGGCUGCCUCACGCCCUGACUUGUCCCGCGCAGAGCUGGGCUGGGAGCUUUGCAGUGCAGAUCCAGGGCUGGAAUAGCCUGGAUGGACACCCAGAGGAGCCCAGGGCAUGCAGAGCAUCUCCCAGGGGUGGGACUGAGCUCCGGGUCUCUUCCCCACCAGGAGCUGGAGUUUGCCACCCUGCAGAUGUGACUUUCCCGGCGUUUGUGGCCCUGGAGAGACUUUGCUCAGCUCCCCAGCUGUCCUGGAGGCACCUUUGCUCCAGGAUUCCCCUUCCCUUGGCUCCCAGGGGUGAGGAGGAGGAAGAGGUGUUCCAGCUCUGCUCCUUCCCCCCGGGAUCAAAGGGAAGGGCUGCUGGGAAGGGACAUUUUCCCUCCUGGCUGGCUGGCAAGGGCUGUUUGAUGUCCCCACGGCACCUCCUGUCCCUCCCUGGCCAUGCCUGUGAGCCCCCAGCGUGUCCCACGAGCUGAGUGUCCCCAAAACCUUCCAGGCUGAGCCAGACCGAAGUGAAAGUCCCCGGGUUUCUCUUUGUUUUCUCUGCCCUCGACAUUUCCCCGCGGUUCAGGGUUUGGAACAAACCCUCGCCUUGCCCGCUGGGAGCCCAGGAGUUUGGAAACACGGGAAUGGUGGAGAGCAGGCGGCCAGGGAGCCAAGGCAGGGCAAUGCUCUGGAUCGCUCCUGCCUGCUGGAUACCCCCGGAAAAGGGGAUCUCAGUGGGAUAGGCCUGGCAGGGACAGGAAUCGGGGUGGGAAAGCAGCCUGGACGGCAAGCGUCUCCUAGGCUGCUUGCUCCAGGGAUCCAGAGAGAUAUUUGGGAUUGUUUUAUUAAAUGUGAUUUAUUCGGAUGAUUAAAAUCGAGGUUUUUCUGCUGUCAGGAGCGGGUUUUCUCGGGGUUUAGCAUGCCCCAGGUGAGGGCAGGGCAGGGGACACCCCAGGGGACACGGGUGACCCUUCAGGGGCAGGGGCUGCUCCCGGGGCUCUGCUCCUCUCCGUGGGAUCCCUGCCUGCUCCGUCCUCCUCCCAGCCCUGGCUGAGCAUCCCAGCCCCGACGCAGGGAUCCCUGCUGAUCCCCAGGGCUCUGCUGGGCCCUUGCAAGGCCACAGUUGCAUUGAAGAAAUUUCCAAAAUUAAAUAUAUAAAUAAAAUUAAAUAGAUAAAUAUAUUUAUUAAAUAUAUAAAUAUAAUCACUUCCAAAAAUUAAAUAUAUAAAUAA